AUGUCUUUUGUGUUUAUGUGCCACCAUGCCUGUUUUCUUAUUUAUGGAUCUUUAGAAAAAGCAACAGUGAGCAGCUGGUCCCGUAUUACACAUGUAUCAAUGAUAAUGUCACUGAUAAUCAGCGUUCAGUAUUCAGUCUUUGGAUAUAUAUCUUUCACAGGACUCACACAAGGGGACCUGUUUGAGAAUUACUGUAAGGAUGACAACCUGGCCACCGUUGGAAGAUUUUGCUAUGCAAUAACUAUAAUACUGACGUACCCUAUGGAGUGUUUUGUGGCCAGAGAGGUGAUUUCAAAUGUCUUCUUUGGAGGAAAUCUCUCCACUGUCCUUCAUUUCACAGUGACCCUGUUGGUUGUGUCUCUAACCACUGUUAUAUCUUUACUCUCUGACUGCCUUGGAAUGGUAUUGGAGCUUAAUGGAGUUCUCAGCGCGACACCUCUUGUCUUCAUCAUCCCAACUGCCUGCUAUUUAAAGUUGUCUACGGAUCACUGGUAUCAUCCCAGUAACUUUGUGCCUUGCCUAAUCUUUCUACUCGGUAUCCUAAUAAUGCCUGUAGGCUUUUAUUAUGGCCAUCUUUUAUCCACAAGAAUGUAG